GUUCUUUCAUGUUUUGCAAAUGUCACUUUGUUCAUCUCUAUAUUUUGUUAAAUGUUGAUGGUGUGUAGGAGAUAUAAUUGUACCUUAUCCCCAUUUUUCUGACUUUCAUCCAAAUGGAAUUACAUGGAUAGUCAAAGCUCGGUUGGUAAGAAUGAUAGAAGUGUUUAAUCAGCGUUUACCCCAUGCAACACUGAUGUUGGUUUUACUUGAUGACCAUGGUGAUGCUAUGGAGGCAAGUGUCGGGCCCGAAGAAGUUUACUAUUUCAGGGAGCAUCUUUGCGACGGUAGGGUCUACAUUUUUAAAGGAGUCAGAAUUGUACCCGCUGAUGAGAAGAUCAAUCUGGUACUGUACCACUACAAAAUGUGUUUUACUGAUGAUACAAGAGUGGAACAUGUAUAUAUCACAUGUAAUAGGACACCCCCAUCAUUGGUCUUACAGUGUAAGAUUACAAGAUAUCCAUCAUUUUGCCAAGAGCUGUGUGCAAUUGAUAGAUGUGGUUGGGUUGGUUGUUACUGUCACUGAACAUCGAAGUACUAGAAAUGGGAAAUCUAUAGUGAGAGAUGUGUUGUUGCUUGAUAAAAGGAAAUAUAAAUCAUUUGUGCACAUAAAAUUUAUUACAACAAUUUGAAUUUAAUCUCUAUUCUCUAUUGACAAAUUGAUAACAAUAUGACGUUUGUUCGACUUACUUUGUGGAAUGAAUUUGCAAUGAGAGAUGGGAUGAGUCUGCUUGAGACUAUGCAACAAAAUAUUGUUUUGUUUGCUACAGGGUUGAAGGUCGAUGAUUUUCAUGGUCCUUACCUUAGCACUUGCAAGAAUAGAAAAUUAUACGUUAACCACUCAAUUUGUACAGACGGGAUUCUUGAAUGGUUUGCAAAAGACAAAAAUGCACAAAAGUCGGUAGCAUGGAACCGCACACAUGAAUUUUCGCACCCACAGGCAUUAAUAAUUUCAAAUGCCAGGAGAAUUCGAAUAAACCAAUUUGCGUUUCAGGCCAAUGUAAACUAUUAUCGCGUUAUUGGCUGCAUUGAAAAAAUAUAUGUUGAACACCUAUGGAUUGAUUUAUGCAAUACGUGCUAUAACCAAGUUGAAGAUCAGUACGACAGGUUUAUGUGUAAUCAUUGCAGACGAGAAGAUGUCCAGACUGUAACCAGAUAAUCAUUUUUAUAAUGAAAUUCGCAUUUUUUGUAGGUAUAAUAUAAAGAUUUCUAGACUGUAACACAUCUAAAACGGUUGAAAUUCACAGUUAUCGUAGGUAUAAUAUAAAGAUGGUCGUGAAAGACUCCACUGGCGCAAUGGAACUCUUGGUAAAGGAUACAAAGGCAGAAUUCAUCUUACAAUGUGUCCCCUCAUAUCUGAAGAAAUUAA